AUGUUUGCUGUAUUCUGCAAUAUGUUAUUGCGGGAUACUACAAAGUUCAAAGUACAAGUUCGCGAAAUAACCGUGCAAAGAUGUUGUUUCUCAUUUCUUAUAUAUAUAUUUGCAGAUCAGCUGGUGUACAUCCAGGGUGCGGCAGCGACACCCGUUGAAUUAUUGAGAGCGAUGACCGACUACGGUGUACGCUGUGAUGUGAGAAACGUCCGUCUAUAUCACAUGCAUCUCGAGGGGGAGGCUCCGUUCGCUAAACCAGAAAACGCAAAACACUUCAGAUCUAUCAGUUUGUUCAUUGGCGGUAACGUACGGCCUGCGGUGAAUGCAGGCACUGCCGAUUGUAUUCCCAUUUUCCUACAUGAAAUCCCGCGUCUCUUCAAAGAAGGCUACCUGAAACCCGACAUCUCGCUCAUCCACGUGUCUCCGCCAGACGACAAAGGUUUCUGCUCCCUUGGCACCAGCGUAGACUCCGUUCGGUCGGCCGUGAGUCAUUCCAAACGUAUCAUAGCUUUAGUUAAUAAGAAUAUGCCCAGGACCUUUGGCGACGCUAUUAUUCACGAAAGCCAUCUGGACUUCGCUGUGGAACAUCAUCAACCGUUACCGGUUCACCCGGCGAAGCCACCGUCUAAGGCUGAACAGCAGAUUGGCAAAUUUAUCGCUGAGAAUCUGGUAGUAGACGGCGCUACGUUGCAGAUGGGUAUCGGCAGUAUACCCGAUGCCGUGCUGUCGUUGUUGCACAAUCAUAAAGAUCUAGGUAUUCAUAGCGAAAUGUUCAGCGAUGGUGUGGUGGAUCUCGUGAACAAGGGCUGCAUCACGAACAAUCAAAAGACGAUGCAUCGUGGUCGGAUCGUCGGUUCGUUUUGCGUGGGCUCGGAGAAACUUUAUGAUUUCAUGCACAAUAAUCCCUUUAUAGAGAUGCUGGUUGUGGAUUACGUCAAUGAUCCUAGAAUAGUUGCCAAGCAACCAAAGAUGACUGCCAUCAAUUCAUGUAUCGAAGUGGACAUCACUGGUCAAAUUUGCUCAGACAGCAUUGGUACGAGAAUGUAUUCUGGUUUCGGUGGACAACUGGAUUUUAUUAUGGGUGCUGCGAUGAGCGAGGAUCGACAAGGAAAGCCGAUCAUAGCUCUUAAGUCGGUCACCUCUAAAGGUCAGAGUAAAAUACAGCCGGUUCUAACUUUAGGUUCUGGAGUAGUCACUAACAGAGCGGUGGCGCGGUACGUCGUGACUGAACAAGGAAUCGCCAGCCUAUUUGGCAAGAGUCUUCAGCAACGAGCGUACGAAUUGAUUCAGGUGGCUCAUCCCGAUCACAGAGAGGCGCUCGAGAAGGCGGCGUUCGAACGAUUGAAAAUGAUGCCUGCGCCAUAAACUCGAAAACAAAGUCACGAGGCAGAAAAAUCAUAUUCAAUAGCAUUUUACAAUCGGUCGUCCGCGUGUUUUAGUCGCGCAUAUAACGGCCAACAAUCGAAGAGUCACGUGGUGUCUUCUUCUUGUACGAUAUACGCACUCUCUUGCCAGAAGACAAUUCGGCCUCCUAGAAUAAAAGAGAGAUGGUGAAUAACAUGUUAACUAACUAGAUUGAGAACUUAAUAUGCUAAAUUGUAACAUUACGUAUAUAAGAAGAAUUCGUAAUGCGAAAGAUUGCGCUUAUAUCCAUAUACAUAGAUACUAAUUAAGUUAUACGUAUGUUUUAUAUUGCCGAGAGAAAGAGACGUGUUCACGCUUUCGAACACAGACAAAUAAAAAAUGGCAUUAUUUACAAUUAAUGCCAUUCCGAAAUGUGUAAGCAUUUUUUAUAUUAAAUCGAAUUAUAUAAUUUCCCGUAUGUUGCCAUUGUAAUGAGAAAUUCGAAAUACGAAUAUAGAAAAAAAAAUAUAUAUAUUGUAUAA